CCUUUCAGCAAAAACUCUUGAUGCAGAAGGACCUGUGCAAUAAAUUAUUCAUAAUAAACUACAUUUUCUUUCCUGAAAGAAUUUUUUUAGUGCCCAGUAUUUACCAGUAUGCAUGGGUUUGGGGACUUUAUGACUUGGUUUUCCUACCUACUAUAAGAACUGAGGACAUGGGGAGUGAACGAACCGUGGCUGGCCAGUGGCCAGUGAAGUAGUUGUUUCAGAAAAGAUGAAACCUUAGAACAAAGUUUUAUGGGCUAGAACUUUAACCUUUGGAACUAGCAUCCUUUGGUUGUCCUUACUAGAUACAAAUCAGUAUCAUUCCUUGAUAAGACAGGGAAAUGAGGACUAUAUAAGCUUGAGUGCAAUGUUCAAAAAGGAAAUGUAGUGUGGCCUCAGCCAGAGGAAAGAUGGAGGUAAAUGUAUCAGGGUAUCCACUGCACGAUGAAGACCAGGAAGGUAGACUGUGAAGGAGCCUACAGUACAGGACAAGUGACUGAGAAUGACAGUGGAGACACAGCAGUGACAGUGAUUGACUGUGGGGCUAGCAAGAUGGAGUAAGGUUCUUUCCCACUAAGGAACAACUAGCAUUCAAUCCCUGGGACCACGAGGUGGUACAAGGAGAGAACUGAUUCCUGAAACUUAGGUUCUCUGAGUUGUACAUGUGCAUACAGCAUGCACACGUGUGCACACAUACACACUAAAUGAAUAGAGAGACUGGAGAGAUGGCUUAGUGGUUAGGAGCACCUAAUGUUCUUACAGAGGUCAUGGUUUUGGUUCCACACCAAUGUCUAUUUUAGGGUCACUAAGAUGGCUCAAUGAGUGAGGUAUUGUGCCACCUUUUGAUUUCUGGCACUCAAACGCUGGAACAAUUGAGUCCCUUGGGCUGUCUUUACCUUCACAUGUCUUGGUAUGCAUAUUGCUGACUGUCAUAUGUACAUACAAGCACAAACUAAAUGUUAAAAAGCUUUAAGAUGUGUUCAGGAAAUUUGCAGCUGGGGAUGUAGCUCAUUGGCAGAACACUUGCAUUCAAUACCAAGGCACUGCUUAGAAUAAUACCUAGAACCACAAAACCUGAUAAAGAUAACCAGUUUCAGUAUAAUACUCAUAUCUUGAGUCCUGAAGUAAACAUUAAGAAAAUAAUGUGCUGGGGGCCUGGCGGCUAUGGCGUAUGCCUUUAAUCCCAGCACUCAGGAGGCAGAGCCAGGUGGAUCUCUUGAGUUUAAGGCCAGACUGGUCUACAGAGCAAGUUCCAGGACAGCCAGGAGAAAACAAAAGAAAAAAAAAAUGUGCUGGACUUGGAGGGAUGGCCCUAUGGAGUCCUCACUGGCUGCUCUUUCAGUGGUUCAGGAUUUGUGAAUAGCAGCAGCCAUAACCCAACUACAGUCCCUCUUCUAGCCUCCUCAGGAACUGAAUGCAUUUGGUGCACAAACAUACAUGCAGGCAGAAUACCCAUACACAACAACAAAAAGGAAAAAGCACCUUUAAGUCAAUGAAUGAAUAUGUUGUUGGGGCUGGACAGAUGGCUCAAUGGUUAAGAGCCCUGGUUAUUUUUUCAGAGUACCCAGGUUCAAUUCCCAGCAUCCACAUGGCACCUCACAACUGUAACUCCAGUCCCAGGGAACCUGACAACUUCAUAUCAAUGUACAUUAAAUAAAUUAUAAAAAAAGUUGAAAAAAAAUCAAAUGUUGAGAAGUGGGUAGAGAUGAAGGCUUAGCCAUUUACUAGUCUGUCUUGUUUUCAGAACAUUUCUAAAGUUACGUUCUUUUUCUCUGUUGGAAUUAAGCUGAUUUGAGAGUACAUACAUUGAUAUGCUUUGUAACGUGUUCCUCACACUUUGGAUUUUGGGGGGCAGACAUCUUAAGGGCCCUAUCUUGUUUAGGAAAGGAGUGCUUCGAAAACUUCUGCUUCUUUAUAUCCUGGUAAAUGCAGAGAUGUAUGUGGAACUGAAGAUAAUUUGAACAGUCUUUGGUUCUUUUAUCUGAUUAUAUACGCCCCAACCUAUCCCCCAGUUUUCAUUUCUUGGGCUGUUCAGAUCAUCUCCGUCUACAGCUGGAAAAACCAGAAUGGGGGUUGGGGAGACUACUCCAUUGUGUGGUGGGUCAAUUCUGUAAGUUUGUGUGGCUUACAGUAAUACUGUUACUGUGAGCUUUACUUUGUGUGGAAAAGCUGGCUUCCUGGCAGAAGGCAGCUUCAAGUGUUCCCUGCAGUGGAGAAGAGCAAGUACUCACUUGAAUUCUGUCCACUUCAGAGAACAGCAGUGAUACAACACUUCCCUGUCAGGCUAUGAAAUGACCAAAGUGACAAAGGCCCAGUUAGGCGAAGGGGCUGGCUUUUCUAUAGGCAAGGAAAUUGAAGCUGCUGCCACAGUCUUGGCCAAACUCAUGCAAUGGGUGGAACAGACUGGGUGACACUUUCUCAAGUGGGGCUCCUCCCAAAGUUGGCAAGGCACAUACAUCCUCCUGGCAUGCCUAGGCCUGUACUUGCUGCCCAGGGAGCUUGGGCACCUCCCCAAACAUAAACAUAAAUUUGAAGAUCUUGGAGAUGUGAUAGAGUUGGCCUUUUCUCUCUGUUCUUUCUCGGCUCCUUUGCCACAUCCUCUGUAGGACUCGGCUGGUUUCAGGAAGGGAUCACAUCCCAUGGCCGAUUACUCUGGGGAGUCGGGACUUCUGACCUGUGAGUUCUGUGAUAUGGUUUUCCGCUCCUGGGCUUUGUUGGCUACCCAUACCCAGCGAUUCUGCAUUGGCCAGCUGACUCCGGAGAUGACACAUGGAACACAGCCUUCAGUAGCCAUGGAACAACGGGGCACCACGAUUGUGGCACAAGAACAACUGAGCCGUUCAGAGCAGGAGGCCAGCAAAUCAGCUCUAAAGAUGUUGACAGAGGAGGUGCAAUUGCUGAGGCUGUCGCUACAGAAAAUGAGUCCCUGGGCAACUGAGGGUCCCACCUCCCAGACUGCAGGGAGCCCUGGCGAGAGGCUGCGGGCAUUGCAGGGAAUCCGCGCCAGGCGCGUGGCGGAGACUGAAGCGCAAAGCCGGGCUCUGGAGCGCCGCGGCGAGGAACUAAAACGGCGCCUCCUUGGCGUAGCGGGACCCAGGGGAGGAUUAUCCGCGCCAUUCGGCCUGGAGCGCCAGCUCCGCGAACUCAGGGCAGAGGCGGGCCGGACGCGCGGCGCUCUGCAGAUGCUGGGGGCGCGCGUGCUUGCGCUCCAGCCGCAGCCCAGCAUCCAGCGGGACUCUCUCAAGGAGCCUGCGUUCUGUUGCCCUCCGCUACCGGCCAAUCCGGGAACGCUGCCCGCCCAGAUCCGGGCUCUACGUGAGGCCUACGUGCGCGGUGGAGGCCGGGACCCCGGAGUUCUGGACAAAAUAUGGCAGCUGCAAGUGGAGGCGUCAGCCCUGGAGUUGCGGCGGUCGCAGAACCGCAAAGAAAAAGCAAGUGCCACCUCUGAAGAGCUUCUAGUAGUGGAAGCCGAAAACCGGCUUCUGGAGGCAGAGAUCCGGACCUUGCAGAAGAAGGGUCUGAGUCUGGCACCCUGGGGACCCAGGGAGCAUCAACUCCCUGAUCUCUGGUCACACCAGAGUAGAAGGGGCGAUAACUCCCUCCUCCUUCCACCAGUUGCACCCCCAAUGUCACCACUUACAAGUUCCAUAAAUGUCCAGAACUUCCGUGGCACUUCAAUGUCUAUACUUAAUGGAACCAUGACAAGGAACUUAGGUCUGGAUCAUCACUACCUCCUACCUGCAUCUGAUGUUCUAGGCCCUGCACCCUAUGAUCCUGGGGCUGGCCUUGUCAUUUUCUAUGACUUCCUGCGGGGCCUUGAUGCUUCUUGGGUUUGGGUGCAGCUAAUGACAAGCUUGACCCAGGAUGGACAGGAUAUACGAGGGACCACAAUAUUGCCUCCAGCCCUUUGCCUACCAUCACCAUCAGCUCCUGGACCUAUGGGCAACUGUGCCAUCCUUGCAAGCAGGCAGCCUGUAACCAGGUUGCCUCCAUCAGCACUGGUAUCUUUGAUCUGUGAACUACAGGCCUGGCAGGGAGUUACAUGGGCACCACAAACAAAGGCUUGGGCCUCACUAUUGCUAUUUGACCAAGAUAAGCAUAUGCUUAGUGGCCGUUGGCGCCUCCCACUUAGGGUCCUUCCUCCUAACUCCAGCCUCAGCCUUGUCCAGCUGAAUGAGAUUCCCCAGGUGAGUGCAGAGGGUAGGGACUGGGUCUACUCCAAGAUUCAGAUAAGAGUACUAUUUACCCUCUCCCAGGCAGGUCAAGCUGAGCUCUUUUUGAGGCUGGUGAAUGCAAGAGAUGCAGAUGUUCAGACAUUGGCAGAGAUCAAUCCAGCAAGUGCCCAAGAAUACCAGUACCCACCACUGGUAUCCAGUUCAUCUUCAGUGGAAACCAGUCCCUUCGCCCACAGUUCUGGCUUUGCUGAUCCCCGACCUCCCACAGAAGAGGCUUUUGUCAGUGUCAAGGAUGAGCAUUUGAGCCCCCACUAGUUUUGACCUAAACACAUCAGGUUUCUGAGUCGGAGGAAGGCAGAUUUAGAGCUGCAGCUUUUCUAAAUGAGGUUUGGAAGUAAUGAUAAAGUCCAAGCCAACUAGGACUUUUUCUGCACCCAUUUUCCUUUUGUAAAGCAGAUCGAGUAAAUGAUAUUCACAGUAA